UCGAAGAGUAGAACCAAUUGUGUGAAGGUGGCCAGUGGAAAUAAAUCAGAAACACUGUGUCCAACAGGCAAAAGGACUACUUUCUCAUCCAGCUCCGCGGUUGAUGCGAGUGCGGAAUCCGGUGCGAUUACCACAUCAGCGAGCACGGACGAACCAACGGCAGCUCCAACUGAAGCGACAUCACAAACCACGAAUGGCAAAGAAGAAAGAGAUAAAACCCCAUCUAAGGAAGAAGAAAAAGUAACUCAACAAGGGGGCGCAGAAGAAGACAAAAAAAAGGUUUCAGAAGAAGCAAUGGAGAACGAACCUGAAGCUGAUGGCCGCCUAAUUAGGCAAGCCAGAGAUACUCCAAACAGUGGUGGAUCUAUGGAUGUAACUGUGUAUUACAUGUUGGGUAAGUGUUAA